AUGGCUCUGACAAAGUGUAUGAGGUCCGAGAACAUCAUGUUGACAAUGUUGAUACCUGGUCCAACCGCACCUAGCAACAACAUUGAUGUAUAUCUACAGCCAUUGAUAGAGGACUUGCAUGAUUUGUGGACAGAAGGUAUGGAAGUUUAUGAUUCGUUUAAGAAGGAGAGUUUUACACUUAGAGCUAUGAUGAUGUGGAGUAUCACCGAUUAUCCUGGUUUAGGAACAUUAGCUGGGUGUAAAGUGAAAGGGAAGCAAGCGUGUAAUGUCUGCGGGAAUGGUACACCUCAUAGGUGGCUAAAGUUUAGUCGCAAACAUGUUUACAUGGAGAACAGGAAGCGGCUCAGGCCUAGUCAUCCUUAUAGAAGAAGGAAAGGAUGGUUUGACAAUACAGUGGAGGUUGGUACUGCAAAGAGGAUUCAGAGUGGCUGCGAUAUAUUUGACAGUCUUAAGGACUUUAAAAACGAUUUUGGGAAACCUUUACCUAAGAAGAGUAAGCGGAAAAGGAUAGAAGGAGGUGAAGAUGAUGUUCUUUCAGCUGACGACUGUGAGGAAGAUGAUGAUCUGUGGCGGUGGAAGAAAAAAUCUAUUUUCUUUGACUUACCUUAUUGGAAGGAUAUGCCUGUGAGGCAUAACAUCGACGUCAUGCACGUCGAGAAGAACGUGUCUGAUGCGCUGUUGUUUAUACUGAUGCAUAGUGCGAAAUCUAAGGAUGGACUGAAAGCAAGAAAGGAUUUAGAAGAGAUGGCUAACUGUGUCUCACUGGAUCCUCCUUCUAUUGGCGGCAUGAAGUCACAUGAUCAUCAUGUUCUUAUGCAGAAUCUCUUACCAGUAGCGUUGAGAGGUUUACUUCCUAAAGGACCUCGGAUAGCAGUGACUCGCAUAUGCAAUUUCUUCAACAGACUCUGCCAACACAUUCUUGAUCCAGAGAUGCUACUUGCACUAGAAACAGAGAUUGUGGAGACAAUGUGCCAGCUAGAGAGAUUCUUCCCACCUGCAUUAUUUGAUAUCAUGUUUCACCUUCCACUGCAUCUGGCAAGAGAAGCACGCUUGGGUGGCCCUGUUCACUUCAGGUGGAUGUACCCAUUCGAGAGGUAUAUGAAGACACUUAAGGCAUAUGUGAAGAAUUUUGCAAGACCUGAAGCUUGUAUGGCCGAUGGAUAUCUUGCUUGUGAAUGCCUCGCAUUUUGUGUGGAGUUCUUGCAAAAAUCAGUUCCAAUCCCUAAUAACUCAAAGGAGCAUUCACAAAGGCUCAGAUGGCUUGCUUUUGGACCUAGAAAUGUUGCACACACGUACAAGGGAUUUAUAAUUAAUGGACAUCGUUACCAGACGGAAGAUGUUAAGCGGAAGACUCAGAACAGUGGGGUUACAAAUGAAGCAUUCUCCAUGUGCAGAGCUAGUGCCAAAGAUGCGAACCAACAGGCAGACAUGGUUGCAUACUUUGGAGUCAUUCAGGAGAUCAUAUUGCUUGACUACCACAUGUUUGAGGUGCCUCUGUUUAAGUGUAGUUGGGCUCAUAAAGGGAGAGGAGUGAAAGAGGAAGACGGUUUCACACUGGUCAAUCUCCAUAUGAACCAGUCAUCAUUUGUUAAUGAUCCUUACAUUCUGCCUUCUCAAGCUAAACAAGUCUUCUACUCUAGAGAAGAUGACAGCUCACCUUGGUAUGUUGUUAUGAGAGCACCACCUAGAGGAUACCAUGAGUUAGAGACUGAAGAGGAAGUUAGUUCUGCACCCGUAACAGUUGAGCAUGAAGAAGAUACUGGAGAUCAAGCAUCUGAUGAUGAGAGUUUUUGUGUUAGGAAUGAUUGUGAGGGUGUUUUUAUAUAUGAGUAA